GAGCUGGUAUACACCAUCAGACCAGCAGCUCCUCUGUAGACUACAUCUUCGAAGAUGAAGUGCAGCCCCUCUACGGAGAUGCUCAUAUGCAUACAACUCAUGGAGCAACGAACCCGGAACUGCUCGAGUGGAGACGCAGACAACAUAUUUUGGCACGCCAGAAGAACUACGCGGAAGCACAAAAGGCGAGUGAAGAAAAUAGCGGACCAACUGGAGGAAUCUGAACGAAACGCGACGACCGAAAACUGGGGCCUGUUUCUGGCGAGGAAAGAAGCGGCUUUUCGUGGCCAGCAGCAGUCGGAGCUGCAGGCGCUGCUCAAGAGAAUUGAUGCCCGGCGCAAGGAGCAUAUCAAACAGAGGAACCUUGACAGUAAACGCCUGCUUCAGCGCAACCGGAACGUGCAGACCGUCCUCGAGUCCAAACAGAACGUGGAGGGGCUCAAGUUGACGGAGGAGAUAAAGAAGAGCGUGAUGGGAACAAUACCGGGCCUGACGGUCUCCAUGCCACCGGACCCUUCUCAGAAAAUCCCCCCGGAAGCCAGGGGCAGGGUGCGGAGAAAGAAGAAGGCUUCAGCAUCGGGGGGAGGAGGGGCGCGUGGUUCCACUGCCGGAUUUCCCUCAGCCACCCCCGCGGGACUAGCGCAAGGAGGGGCUGGGGCAGGGGAGGAUGGAGGGGACGCCAACCGCACGUUCGUGACGAGCAGGGGGUUCCCAGAAGUAGACCAUCUUGGUGUUGUUGAUGGCCAAGCGGCAUGA